UUUUAUUUUUAAUCCGCCAAUUUAAUUAUUAUGUAAUGCAACUAAUUGCCGAUUUCAGUUUACAUUUUUGAAUUGUUACUAGUGGAGACCAACGCCUACUCACGAUGGCUAGGAACCCAUCGAGGACCUCUUCUGGUCGAGGGGCUUCUAUCGAUUUAACUACUAUUAAUGAUGAAGAUGAAGAUUAUGUUGCCACAAGUUUAAACCGGCCUUAUAGCUCGCCGCAAGAACGCCGUAAACGCCGUUGCUCUUCGCCUAACUCUCGUUCAAGAAUUAACGCGUCGAACGCGCCAACUUCUACCCAUAUCGAAUCUCGCUCUCGCUUCUUAUCGACGUCGCCGCAAAACCCUCAUAAAGCUGACAACCACCAGUCUAAACGCCAAAAACUAUCGAAUGGCACCGCCUAUAAAGCAGCUUCCCCAAUCCCGGACACAGAGGCAUUGACAAAAUGCUUGCAGAUGCAGGUAUUCCCACACCUCGACGCCGCCGUCAAGGAGCUGGAUAAGAAUAUCUUCGACGUCGAAAAGCUCGGCGGGAAAAUUAUUAGUACGAUCGCCGAUGAUGACUUCCAACUGCACUUCCACAAAGGCAACGGCCGUCUCCCUCCGAAUAUUGAGUCGUCUAUUAUUGGGCGCAUUUAUAAAUUAGUAGCCGAAUUAACGGCGGGAAAUGAAUUCCGACACCGUCUUACUACUUGUGCGGCUUCGCAGUCGGCACUGGUGCCCGCUAAAGGGUCCAUAGCAAAGACGAUCCCGAGUAUUCUUCCCUCUAUCGAGAAGCCACCAUCUGAGUUGGCGUCGAAUCACAAUGUCGAGGACGAUACCGACGACUCGUACGACGACGAUGCCUCGUGUAGCGAUGAAGCGUAUAUUUGUGAAACCGAAGAGAAAUUGAACGAUAUUAUCGAAGAAGUUCUCCAGGAAAUCCGGAAGUAUCUCCAAACCCAGUCAAGAAAGAAACAGCUAGCUUCACCACGGCAUUUACGACCAAAGUCAAAGAUUACGCGUCCAAGCAAAAGCCACGAGCCCGAUGGGAAAGAUUCGCCCGCAAACGUGAACAACCGAUGGUCCAACCUGUCCGAUAUACCAUAUCAAGCUUCAAAGUUUCGGGGUAAGAUCAGAUAUGGAUUAAGCCAUGGUUGUCAUAUCAAGCUUCACUCAUGCGACCUGCGCCAUCCUACUGUUUACCACGUCGACUUCUACGAUCUCGAGACCAAAUAUCUUCGAUAUGUGGCAAGGUCUCUAUGUAACAGGGAGUCUACUAAAGCUAAGAGGUCAGACACCAAGGAUUUACGCCAUCUGAUGAAGAAGUUUGGAGAGUUAAGAACUCUUAUUCUCGAAGCUCAUCGUCGCCGUUACGAUCAAUUUGAUCCACCACCUUGGCUCCUACUGCAGCGUUCUAUAGAAAGUCUUCAAAACUUCCUAAAUGACGUACUUCACAAACAAGUGAACCUAGAGCCUAUAUUAUUAACUUUCGCACGAGAUGAGAGGAACAGUAAGAAUGCGAAUAUUAUCAAGAGAGCGAACGUUGUGCCACUAUCACUAUACGCAAGGGAGAUGGCGGGCAACCGCCUCGGGGGUCUUAGGGUCUAUCACUCCUAUACCACGAUAUUCACGAGCAAUAGAGAGGACUUCUUGGAGCCCAAGGUUGAAUGGACCAACUGUGCCGGGGAUAUCAUGACUAUCAGCUGGCUGCCGGAUGCUACACGCUUCGUCUGCGGCGCGACCACUCAUUCCGACUCGCAUAAUCAACAGUAUAAUAAACCUGGCAACCUUCUAUUCGGCGAUGCGUCAUUGAAGACAUUAAGAGCGUAUCCCGAUCACCGUAUACCCCGUCCGCUCGUUGCGCAUGGCGACAAUGCUUUGGAAGCAAUGAGGGAAAGUCAAGAUCCUUGGCUGUUCACGUCUGUGGUUUCGUCAGAUUAUGAUCCCGUCUUUGACUUUGCGUUUACCUCAAGCUUCGACAAUACGGUCAAGGUCUGGCACACAACUGAAGGGGCUAUAGCACUUCGCGAAACGUGGUACCACGAGGGCCGCGUCAAUUUCGUCGUGACGAAUAAAAGUAAACACGGUAGUAAGGUCGCCACAGCCACCGAUGUUCCUACAAGAGCAGUACGGGUUUAUUAUACGCAACGUGACAGGUCGGGCAAUUACUCGCAAGCCUACAGAUAUAAAGAGUUCUCUUGUAAGCGAGUACAUGGUGAAGACUACGUCCCCUCGGAUAAAUGGGCCUACUUCCCGUCCGCCAUCCGCUGGGGAAUAGACUCAAGCGUGAACCAUCUCCUGCUGAUCGGAUACUCGCCAAGGAGCCUUAACAAUGACGACAGUGAGAUUCCUGAAGAGAAGCGUUCUACUGGAGAGCUCUGUUUAUGGGAUAUGAAUACAUAUACCGAGGUCAAGGUCAAUAGUGCGGCUACUUCGAAUGUAUUCGAAGUUGUGUGGCAUCCUUGUCGGCCAGGCUUUGCCGCGGCAACUUCGGCGUCACAGACCUCUGAGAAGCUAGAGGAGCAUAUUCGAACGCAGAUUCGUAUCUUUGAGUUGAACGAGGCGUCGGGCCAAUAUAGCGUCGUGAAAACACUCGAUUGCCCUGCCAUUGACAUCAAUGAGCUUGCAAUCAGGCCCAACAGUAUUCUAUACUCGUACAUCGCCGCCGGCUGUACUGACGGCAAAGCCUACGUCUGGGACUCGGCCGCGAGCGAGGACCAACCAAUGUGUGUCCUCGAACAUGGCGAUCCGGUUGAAGAAGUUAUCGGAAACAGAGAGCAGGAAGAUGUCGGAGUUAAGUUUAUAGCGUGGGCCACAUCCCCCGAUCGUCUAUAUACAGGUUCAUCCGACGGGUUUGUUAAGGUGUGGAAUAUACGACAGGGGAAGGGAGAGUUGGUGAGAGACCUUAUCGAAGUGGCAGCACCCAUCACAGCCGGUGCUUUCUCACCGGAUUUUACCAAACUUCUUAUUGGAGACGGUAGUGGACGAGUAUAUCUAAUGGAUAUGGAAGACGAUGAAGAGAAUAACGGCCAGAAUAACCCAGCCGCCACUUCUUUAGGGGUUGUCAACAUGCAGGUCAACGGUAAGCAACGCGCAAUCCGUCGGCCUCGCCCCUUUAUUCCUCACCCUGAAGUCCCCCCUCCGAACCAGGAUGGAAAUGAUGAAUAUUCAAACCAACCUCAAUACCAACUGGGCCAGAGAAGAGCAAUAGAAUACUUGGAAACAUCACACCUCGCUCUCCAUCCUGACCCCACCAUCGGCGCCGUUCAGGGCCCAGCGUACCCCGAAACAGGCCUCUACCGAGCAGAAGCUCAUCUCAGCGGAGAUCCCCAAGCACCGCUCCUAAGCGGAUUCGAAAGCCUACAGCGGGCCAACCAGUCCUUCUCCCGAACAACUAGGUUCCGGAGACAGAGGAGCGUGGAUGACAUGGCGUGGGACUUGCAGGCGCGAAAUGCGGCCGUAGAUGCGGAUGUUGAGGAGAUGCUGGAUCCGGAUACCCGCUCUGCGCUUGAGGCUGAGGGGGCGGAGCUUGGGGAGGCGUUGGUGGGGUUUGAGUAUGAAGAUGAAGAUGAAGAUGAAGAUGAAGAAUGUGGCUACGAUGCGGAUGAGGAGUAAGUAUUUGAAGUAAGCAUCGUUGAGGUCUUGCGAAAGGAGGUGUAAAUACGUAGGGUAAGGGAUGAGGAAUGAGCUUGUUGGCUUGGCUUGGCUUAAUUAGCUAGGUAGCUAUGCGUUAGGUACUCAUGGACGGCGGAGGAAAUUAUAAUAUUAUUAAUUGCAUUGUGAAA